AUGUCACAGCCAUUCCGAGAUACGUCUAAUAAGACGCCGACAAGCAUGAUGAGAGACUUAACGCUGCGAAAGAAUUCGGCAAGCGCUGGUCGCAAGUACUCGUCGCACACUUCAACAUCCAACCAGACAUCAUUCGCCAAGGGCGGUGCACCAAAGAGCCUUCAAAAUGGAAGCACUAUUCAGAAUCAAAAAGGUCUACGACGGAGAGACGUGACGCCAUCACGAGCAUUUGUUGGAGGAGGCUUGUGCCCUGGACUUAGAACUGGGGGCGAUCGUUAUUGUUGCUUUUCGGCGAAGAGCGGGAGCAGACUUGGAACUCCCAAGUUUAUCUUUAUGACUCCGUGUGUGCUUCAUGGGUGCUUUAUUCGACGUGCGUUCAGCCGACUUCGCGUAAUCAAGAAAUCGACGAGACACAUCCCUCAGCAGCCAGAGCGUGUUCUUGAUGCACCAGAAUUGAAAGAUGACUAUUACAUGAACAUUAUUGACUGGAGCAGUUGUGGCGUCGUUGCUGUGGCAUUAUCCUGCACGUUAUACUUGUGGAACGCUGAUAGUGGAGAAAUUCAGGUUUUGUUUGAGCUUGACGAAACUAACGAAAUGAACCUGAUUACCUCCGUAAAGUGGUCACUAGACGGGAAGUUUCUUGCUGUGGGGUUCAAGGAUGGUUCAUUGAAGUUAUAUGAUCCGCAUCGUGUACCUCCACCGAACGGGAAGCUGGAACUGCGAACAAUGAAACCUCCGCGACAGUCUCGGAACGGUGUGCUGGGAUGGCGAGGCGCAGUCAUUUCAGCUGGAUACCAAUCUGGGCAAAUAAUUCAUCAUGAUGUUCGCAUCCCUAAUCAUAUUACGGGAAUAUGGGAAGGACACGAUCGAGAGGUCGUUGGCCUGCAUUGGUCUCAUAAUCAAACGAAGUUAGCUUCUGGUAGCGGAGACAAUACCGUUCGAGUGUGGGAGGACAGUCACCUUGGAAGUAGCACUUCGGAGAGCCUCUUCGUUCUUGACGAACAUGUAGGAUCUGUUCGUGCGGUUCAGUUCUGCAACUAUAAGUCAAGUCUUCUAGCCACAGGUGGAGGCAUGCAGUGUAAAACCAUAAAACUAUGGAAUAUCAAUAGCGGACAAUUACUGAAAAGCAUAGACACCGGGUCCGCUGACCUAAAUCUAUGCGUAAUCGGUGCAGUUGCCCCCAAUUCUUACCCUUUUUGGUCGCUUUUCAUCCUCAUGUGCAUUGCUCAGGUGAAUGGCAUUGUCUUCAAUAGCGAUUAUAAAGAGAUGAUGUCAGCUCACGCUUGUGGCAAACUGGUCAUAUGGAAACAUCCAAACUACGUGGAGAUCGCGAAGUUGUCCGGGCAUGCACCGGAACGUGCUAUCUCAAUAGUUCAGUCACCAUGUGGCCAGUUUGUGAUGACUGCAGGUGGCGAUGAAGCUCUUCGAACAUGGCAUCCUUUCAAAGUUGUGUUUUGCGAACGAAACCCAGGUCGACAAAAGUACUCAUCAGUUGGCGCAACGCAGCAAGAUGUUCAGCUCAUUGACUAUUCGUUAAUACUUUGUUGGAUGUAUAUUGAUAUUAAUUUUCUGAAAGGCUCUGUGGAGGAAGAAUUACUGGUAUCGUAUUUGCCAUCGCGCUCAUGGAAAACGACAAUAGUGGAAUUGGGGUCUUGGAUGGCGUACAACGGAGAGGUCAGUUCAGUGUUUGUGCUGACGAAUCCAAUCUCCAGCUAUAAAUGUCUCAGCGAUGGACCUCAGUGCUUUCGGUGGGGUGAGGCUUAUCCCCACUUUGAUACCCUAAACGAGAAUCUACAGUUGUACAUGGGUUAUGUUAUACGGAGUGUUCUAGAAUCAACGUGUGGGAAACGUCAUCUGAUGGAGAGGGAGCAGACUUCGUUUCACAGACCCGAUGCUGCCGACUCAACAGUGUCUUUUGCAACCUCGUCUGCGGAAAUACGGGAAGUGAAGCUGCAGGAAAAAAUUGCAUUUGUUCGAGCCAUCGAACGAAGGCAGGAUGUGAUUUUUGGAGAUGGCGUGGCCCAUUCCACUAAAGCUAAAGAGAAAGCAUGGAAGGAAGUGGCCAAGGAAAUGGAAGAAUUGGGUCUGAGAUCAUACGCCGUUUUUUGCAAUCUCAUUAAGGGAAAACGUGGACACGCUUGCGCGACUAUGAUUGGCAGUAUGUUCGACGUCAUGCUUUGUCUCGCUGCGAUAAUAAUCACAAGUCAUCAGAAAAAUUGGGAUACUUGGAUCGGCUCGUUUUGUCUAUUCAUUAGUAACUCUCACUCUCGGUUUUUCGGAGAGGACUCGAUUGAGCAACCACUGCCUGAUACCGCUUACGAUGAUCUCGAUCUCGUCAACAAGAGUCCUGAAAUGAAGCGAGAGACAGAGUGCUCAGUAGAAACGGAAGUAAUGUCCAAUUGUUAUGACGCUUCUUCACAUUCUCAAGUGGCUAGGUAUUCUUCUGAUCAGACUUCAUCAAAUCAGUCUGGUGAUUGUUAUGAUUCUAAUGGUGCUUAUUCCCUAUGUUCUAACCUUAAGAAGGAAGAGGACGGCUUGUGUCUGUCUUUGCCCCAUCGUGACACCUAUUCAGACAGUUCCGUUUUAUCAUCAGUUGAACGGAAUUUGGGAACACCUGCUUACAGUUCAGCGCAGACCUUAUCUGAUGCCAUUGACAAGUCUGAUGCAGUUCACCACUGUUCGGCCAAACGUCCAAGAAGAGCAGAAGCAAACAGCGUCUGCGAUCGUGAUAUCAGUGACGAUUGCGACUUUUUGCGACGAAGACAGCAGCUAGAGCUCAGAAAAAUGGAACUCGAGAACGAAAAAACUCGAAAAGGAGAUUCAAUAUCUGGCUAA